CGGGGGCGGAGCUUGUCAUGCCCCUCAUGCGGCGCUUUUACAGUCCGUGCAUCAGUCUUUGGUUUGCUGUGGCUUGCUAGGGUAAGUUGGUCUGUCGUAAUUGGUAGGCGGUAAGCGGUAGGUCCCAAUCGCAACAUGGAUUGCGCUGCGCACUGCGUUGGGUUAUGCGUCUUCUGUUGAAUUGAUUAGCUUGCGAGGUGAAGGCUGGAUGCGGUAGGAGGAAGGGAACUAGAGUGGCAAACUUGAGGGCGCACGCGCGGUAAUGCGCUGGGAUGAGGAUGCUGGCCACAGGGAAUGCCGUACACAUUUUGAGCCCAGAUCUGUAUCAACCGUCACUGUGACGUGAACGGAUUGCGUAAGGACUGCUUAAGCACCAUAUUAUACGUCGCGUUGUUUAACAGUAGCUUUGCUCUCGCAGUAUAAUUUUGUAAGCAAGUUCGCGACUUGCAUUGCCUCGCCACGCGACACCUUUUUUACAACGUAGCGCCUUUGCAUUAAGAAAAACAUUAAAGAAGUACAACAAUUUAAUUUACGGACAUGACGCAGCUCAGCACGCUAGGCGCUGACCGAAAUGCUUGCUUGCUCGCGGCUCCAUCUUCCUUGAGCCGCAUCGGCUGCAGCCGCUUAGCUGCCGCGCAGCUGAGGAGGCCCUCUGCAAUCUUCAGCUCUCGCAAUAAUGCUUCCCCACCACCACCAUCGCCAAUGCCACCCUCGCCUCCACCGCCGGCCUCUCAACCAGCGUCACCAGACAUCCCACCCUCGCCCACCUCCUCCUCCACAACCUCCUCCUCCAGCUCCCUGUUGCAAGUCGCCCUGUCCAACGCCCCGGAGUGGCCCUCCUUCCUGGGCUCACUAGCUAACAGCGGCGCGAUGACGGGAACCCUGCUCGACGGCAUUCACUCCCGAGUGGGGUUGCAGGUGUACGACACAGCCCCCCUGGUACUGGGUGGGCUGCACACCUCAGCUGCAGUGCCCCCGCUGCUGGCGGUGUUUUACUUGGUAGUUGGGGGACUGCAGCCACUGCUGGAUAAUCUGAACCCCUCGGAGGCGACGAGUGCCGUACAAUCCCGCUGCAAUGACGUGGGCUUCGUGGCCCUCUCGUUUGGGGUGUUAGCCGGGUUGCUGCAGCUCAGUGCGACAACGUACGAGCAGGGUGUGCCGUACUGGCAAAUCCACUUGGCCCUCGGCACGGCAGCGCUCCUAAACUGGCGGAUCUUCGACGGGACCCGCCAGGGACUGCUGCUGGCGGUGCUGUGCGGUGUGGGCGCCCCUGCUGCGGAGGUGCUGCUGCUGCAGCUGGCGCCCCUGUGGCACUACCCCAGGGCUGAUGUGGGUGGUGUGUUGGUGUCCUGGGUGCCCUGGUGCUACUUCUUCUACACACCCGCGCUGGGGGCGCUGGGGAGGUACCUGUGGAGCACCAUGAGGCAGCUGCGGGACUUCAAACACCAAGAACAACAAGAACAGCAAGGACAGCAACAGCAACGGUUGUCAGAGGAGCAACAACCUGAACAACAAUAGCAAGUGCGGCUGGAAGCCGGGAACAGCAAGGGAGGGAGCAGCAAGGGAUGGAACCGCAAGAAAGGGAGGCAGCAAGUGGAAGGCUAGGCUGCUCCAGGAAUUUGUUGUCGAGGGGAACGCUUGGGAUUACACUGGCCCAACCCAGCGUGGAUUGAGGGGUGUAGCAGCAGUUGGUCAGUUGAUUGGUUGCUGCCGCAGCGGGACUCCCCUGAUGGCACGUGAAGUGAUGUAUGUGGGGGCUGCCCUGUUGUGACGGCUUCGUACUCGCCCUGGUGUACAUGACAACCUUUUGGUGUACGAUAAUCAGCAGCCUUGGUUAUGGAAGAGGUGGUGGGUGGUUAGCCAAGGGCUUCAAGACGCAUAUACAUGCA